UUGCAGCCUGGGGCAGUUUAAAGCUCAAGGGGCAUCCAUGCCACCCCCACGCACAGCCCUGGCAGGCAGCCAUCUUCAUACGCUCCAAGUACAACUGCGGCGCCACCCUCAUCAGUAGUAGAUGGGUCCUGACUGCAGCCCACUGCCUGACCGGCCCCAUCCACGUGCGCCUGGGGGAUUACAACCUGUAUGCCCGCGAGGGCACCGAGCAGUACAAAGUCGUGGCCAAAAGCAUCAUCCACCCCGGCUACAACUGCACGGACCACGACAACGACAUCAUGCUGCUGAAGCUGCAGACCCCGGCCACGCUCAACCGCUACGUCCAGCCGCUGGGCCUGGCCUCCCAGUGUGCGGAGCCGGGCGAGCAAUGCUUGGUGUCGGGGUGGGGCACCCCCCUCAACGCCCCCG